UGUAUACCAAUCUCUGAGAAUGUACUACGAUGGAUAAUGCUUCUAGGCCACACCCUCUCAAUGAUGAAUUCGCCUAUGUUGAAAUAUGUACCUUUCCCGAAAUUCCUCAUGUAACCGUAGUUCGUCUUGACCGCCCGCGCAAGCGCAAUGCCAUAAACUCUGCAUUUUGGAACGAGAUUGGGCGUGUCUUCGAAAUAAUCGGCAGCAUUGGUGACGGGUGUCGCUGCGUACUCCUUACGGGAAAUGGGGCAGCCUUCUGUGCGGGAAUUGACAUAGGCGACGUUGCGUUUUUUCCUACGGCGUCGCCCACGUCGACAGACGUGGCCCAUGUUGGCAUAUCAUUUCUGCCAAAAUUGAAAGCAAUGCAAGACUGUUUUACGGCGCUAGAGCAAUGCUCGGUGCCGGUUGUUGCCGCUAUUCAUGGUCAGUGUAUUGGGGCGGGUAUCGACUUGAUUUGUGCAACGGACGUACGGCUAUGCUCUUCAGAAGCGGUAUUUUCUGUCCGUGAAGUGGCUUUGGGCUUGGCAGCAGAUGUUGGCACGUUGCAGCGGUUGCCCAAAAUUACUGGUAAUCAGUCGUUGGUUCACGAGCUAUGCUUGUCGGGCCGAGACUUUCACGCGAUGGAGGCGCUCGGCAUUGGGCUCGUGAGUCGAAUUUCUGAAAAUGUUUUUGCCGAUGCUCUGCAUCUUUGUGCCACAAUAGCUUCACACAGUCCAGUCGCUGUACACGGGACCAAAAAGUCGUUGCUGUACGCAAGAAAUCAUUCGGUAGCAGAUGGUUUGGAUCAGAUUGGAGCAUACAACGCGCUCGCGUUGCAGACUAUGGACCUUCCAGCGGCUUUUGCGACACGCUCGCAGAAGGAAUCUCCAUGUUUCAAUGAUAUCCCGGCCUUUUCAAAACUUUAGUUUUAGGAAUUCUCGACAAGUAACCUCAUUGUAUUUAUGUUU